AUGGACAGUUCGACCAAACUAUUCCAUGAGUGGGAAAUCCAGAUACUUGUGCUACUCAGCUUCACACUACAAUUGUUCCUCUUCUUUGCUGGCAGGCUUCGGCGCCAAAGCAGCAGUGGGUUCCUGAGACUCUCCACCUGGGCAGCUUACUUAGGGGCAGAUUUGGCAGCAGUUUAUGCACUGGGCUAUCUCUCAAAGCGUCAAGACGACACCACUGAAACGAACAUACUUACAAGAACCCAACCACUAGCUAUCUUUUGGGCACCAUUUCUUCUCAUCCAUCUUGGCGGGCAGGACACCAUCACUGCUUUCGCCAUGGAGGACAACAACUUGUGGUUGAGGCAUCUGUUGAAUCUGGUGACGCAAGUUGUCAUAGCUUUAUAUGUUUUCUGGAAAUCCAUCGGAAAACACAGUGCGAACCUUCUAUUUGCGGGUAGCUUUGUGUUUGUUGCUGGAAUUAUCAAGUAUGGGGAAAGAACAUGGUCUCUCAAGUGUGGCAGCCUUAAAAGUCUUGAGAGCACAGAUGCAAAACGUUACAGAAAACAAUUGCCCGAAGGAAUCUCGGAUGAUGAUGGGUUUGUCCGUGCUGCUCUUGAUUCCAUGCAUCAUACCAUUGAUAUCUUAUCCGAGCGUAGCAUGUUUGGGUCCAAAAGAGAAGAAUUAGCGGAGAUAGACAAAACUGACCAAGUGAUUCGGAUGGUCAAGCUUCAGCUUGGAAUGAUGUAUGAUGAUCUCUACACCAAGGCCCUUGUGUUCACCACUCGGAGCGGAGUUAUACUUAGGUGCAUCUCUCAGGCAUCUAUUAUUGUUGCUUUUGCACUCUUCCUUGCAAAUGACAAAGAGAGGUAUAACAAAGCUGACACUAUCAUUACCUAUUCAUUGUUUGCCGGGUGCUUUUUCCUAGAAGUCUGUUCAAUAUUUGUUUCCAUGAUGUCACCUUGGACAUGGACAUGGUUGAAGAUUCACAAGUGGGACACACUUGCCUGGUUCUCGUGGUUUGUCUUUCGUUGGGACAUCGGAUACCCAAGGAUGGAACAGCGGUGGCCAAAUGCGAUUGGACAGUACAACUUCCAUGGUUGGGUGACUAACAGCAACCUGCAGCCAAGAACACACAGUCAACGAAUAAUGAUGGUAUUCAGAAAGUUUGUGGGUUUGUUUGGUGUCCAAAAGAGGAAAAUAUUUUGGAUGAGCAAGUUAUUAGACACUGAGUACAUGGAUGCAGAUAACAUGAUUGUGGAGUAUAUUGUAAAAGAGAUUAGUCUCUUAAAUUCUGAAUCCAGCGACGAUAAAGCCCAAGGAUGGCAGAGCAUUAGCUCCCAUGUGAAAACAGCAAUGAACAACUGCCUUAAAGAUUUUGGUUAUAGUAUUGUCGUGAUGCAUCUAUUAACUGAGGCACAUCUUCAACAAUAUGCUUCUUCCCGUUCUGACAUAGAGACAAAUCGUCCAAGGGCAGAUGUACCUGUUGGUCUGAUGGAGGUAUGCCGGAAGCUUUCAAACUACAUGAUGUACCUUAUGGUUCACCACCCUUCCAUGCUGCCGCUAUCUAUGAGCGCGACAGCUAGCUUCGAUAACUUUCACAAACCUGAAAAUGCUGAAAAUGCCUGUGAUGAAUUGGAGUUGGAGGCAAGCAAGGAAACACUAGAGGAGUUAGCACGCAUGUGGACGCGGCUCCUUGUUUACGCUGCAGGCAAGUCGAGGGCGGCGAUGCAUGCUGCGCAGCUGAGCGGUGGAGGAGAGCUCAUCACGUUCGCCUGGCUACUCAUGGCACACAUGGAGAUGGGGGAUACUGGCAGUAAAAGAUUCCAUCUUACCACUGAUGAUUUUCAUGCGGAAACAAACUUGACUAAUGUAUACCUCUUCUAUGUUCCCUCAGAAGACCAGAUAUCAGGUGCUGAAAAUCGCAGGUCGGAAAUCAGAUGA